AGAAUGACUUCUUGUAGAAGAUUCGUAUUCAAAAAUUUAUUUUUACAUCCUCUMAGAGGUCUAUUUUUAAUAUUUGUAAUUAUCGUUUUUAUUAUUGUAUUUUUUGCUGGGAAUUCUGGCAGRGCCGACAGAAAACAAKCAAUUUAYCCAGAUGAAAAUGGCAWUGAUUUACAGAGARCACCAAAGGCAAAGCAAGAAGAUUUUGAGAAAGCAAGCAGCGUUUCAAAGAARAGCACAUUUCUCUUUAUUAUGAUCUUAACGUCUCCCAAGGGAACAGAAAGGAGAGAUKCCRUACGAAGUACAUGGCUGAAAAAUGUWAAGUCAAAUUUYAUAGCAAAGUUUAUUAUUGGAGGGAAAUCUCUGACAAAAUCUGAAACAGACCUUCUUGAAAGUGAGAAUAAGAUUUACAAAGACAUCGUAAUUUUCUCACAUCUAAAAGAUGGUUACUACGAGUUAUCUAAUAAAGUCCUUCAAGGCUUUARAUGGAUAGAUAAGAACAUUGAUAGUUCCUAUGUGCUGAAAGCUGAUGAUGACUCAUUUGUUAGGAUAGAUAUGGUUGUAUCUGAACUAAAACAACAUGAAAAGUCCAAACCUAGUAAUCUCUACUGGGGAUUCUUUAGGGGAAAUGCUAAUGUCAAACGUAAAGGAAAGUGGGCUGAGAGUAAAUGGGUUUUGUGCGAUCAUUAUUUACCUUAUGCUAAUGGUGGAGGUUAUGUAUUAUCUGCUAAACUUGUCAACUUUAUUGCAAGAAAUUGGGAUUUACUUGAGUUAUACAAUAGUGAGGAUGUAUCUGUAGGGGCCUGGCUAGCACCCUUAAAAUUACRUCGCAAGCAUGACACCAGAUUUGACACAGAAUAUCGUUCACGUGGCUGUAACAACUUUCAUAUUGUCAGCCACAAACAAAGUACAUAUGACAUGUUCUCAAAGUUUGACAGUCUAGAGAAGACCCACAAACUGUGUGAGGAAGAAGAAGAAGUUCACAAAUCGUUUGAAUAUGACUGGAGUGCACCACCAUCUAAAUGCUGUAAAAGACAAUUUGGAAUUCCUUGAGGUUUAUACACUGCAACACAAUAUAAUUUACUAAUAAUAAUGGUGAAAUUUUAGUUCCUCUGGGUUAAACUCACAACUGUUGUUACUAGCUUUCUGUACCAAGCCAAACACAUGGCUGUUAGUAUAUGGUUAGUGAGAAUUGUUGCAAAGAAGAUUACUGGCUGAGAUUGUUUCAGUAAAGCCAUCUAGUGAAUAUUCUUUCAAUUAUUUCUUUUCUCGUUUAACCACUACAGUUUUAACUUUUAUCUAAAAAAGUUAUUUCUUCUAUUAUAAUAUAUGCAACAUGGCUUACCUUUUAGACUGUUUCAUCUGUUCAGCAGAAACUUUAGUAUCAGAGUGGCUGUUUACAGAUAGUUAAYGGCUUAUAGUCAAAAGUGGUAGUGGUUAGAUCAGUACCCCUUAGGGCAGGGUAGUAUAUGAGAGUGUUCGUCCAAAAUUUUCACUACAAAAUUCCAGGACUUUUCAAGUACUUUUUAAGCACAAAAAUGCGAUUUUCAAGGACUAUUGUUGAAGAUAUUUCUUGAUGUUUGCAAAUGUUUCCAGUGGCAAUUUUCAAAAAUAGCCACAUUUCAAUUCAAAAGGCAAUAUGUUAAUUUCAUCAGAUGCAAGGAGUUUUCCAGGAGUUUUAGCGAUUUUUCCCAUUUUCAACGGCUUUUCAAGCGCCCUUGAAAACGAGUUUUCAAUUCCAGGAGUUUUCAAGGAUUUCAAGGAGUAGCGCGAACCCYGAUAUGAACAUAGAUUUAAAUCAUAUGAGAAAGUAGCUAAUGCCAUUAAACAGUGCUCAAUACACACAGCGAAGAGCUAAGUAAAUGAAAAGAAGAGUCAAGAUUGUGACUCUGAGUUUCAUKCUUAUCCACUUAGACAGCAUUUAUGAAAGACAUCCCUAUAAACUAAAUAUGUGUGUAGACCAUUGGCUAAGCACUAUAUUAGAAUAGGUGAUUGUUAUACUAUAU